GCUCUUUCACAUUUAUGACUUGAUUUAAAUCUGGCGGAAUAUGUUUUGGGUGAAAGACUUCUCCAGCACCUGUAAGAAUCUUGAUGUAAGUCUGAUUCAUGUUUUAAAUAGGCAUGAGAUCACAUAAGCAAAUUUUCAUGAUUUGGGAGUGGUUGUGGGUGUACUUCGAUAGACAUUUUAAAAAGCAUUUUACAGUAGGAGGUAUGGCAUUGAGAUUAAGACACAGUAUGCAGAUUAAUUUUUUUAAAGAUAAUUAGCCAGUAUCUAACUGUUGUGAUGGAGGGGAAUGUUUAAAAAACACCGAGUAGCUAGGUUAGCACCAUUUGCCAUUGUUUGAUAUGUUGCAUCAUAUUAUGCAGUGUUCCAGGCAGAAUAUAAAUUGUGCAUUGUAGUAAUGUGCAUGACAGAGCAGACUGGUUUAUUGCUAAUCUGAAAAUUGAUUCUAUAGGAUGCCAAAUGUGGUGGUAACAUAGUGCUUUGCUUUCAUUCCAUCUUGCCUGUUGGGUUUCAUCAUGUCAUCAGACUUUUGACAGCUGCUGUGUUCAUGUUGUGUGGUGUUGCUGAGGAUCAGUUUUCAAGUGGUUUUUCCUGGUUGAAGCACAAAGUAUAUAUUGACUUGCGUUUUUUUUUAGAAUACUGUUUGGAUUGUCACCAAAAUGAUAGAGGAAAGCAUGCUGUUCAAUAGGAUGUUGCUAUUUUAAUGGUUGUGCAACAUCUUUGCCAAUUAGGUUAUAUGCGUGCACAACUUUUUCACACUUCGUUUAAUCUCAUUAUAUUUCUUUCAUAGUGGAAAUUGGUCGCUUACAAUUCAUUUCAAAGAAUGGAUGGAAUGUGCAGAGAAGCACUAACAGCAAGCUAACUGCUCUUUGAGUUGGAGAUGAUGUAAUCCACAACAGUGGAGGAUCAACCAUUGCCCAGACUUUGUGGCAAACAUCCUAGAGAUAGUUUUAUGUUGUCAAACAUGUUGAGACAGCUUGCGUAUUUUCCUAAAAAUGAUUAAAGUCUACGGAAAGAGAAUUGAUCUGGGGUGAAAUAGUAGUAUGUUCACAACUUUGCCUCUUUUUUUAUUGUUCUUAUUAGAAGGAAUAGAAAUAUUACACCAUAACUUGAAUGAGGUAUGGGGAAAUAAUAUUAGGACCUCAUCUAAAAUUUGGGAGGCGGUGUAACUUUCCACACAUUUAAAAGCAGUUUUUCCUCAAAAAAUAUUUUCUUAGUGCAAAUUGAGCCAGUGAUUUCUUAUGACUCUACCGAGUAAAAUAUUUAUAAAAUACUAUAAUCAGUAUUCAGAGUAUCCAUAAUCCAAACUGCUCUCAUUAUGUUAUACAAUUUAUAUUAUGCCAGGAAUAUUGUAUAGCAUACAUAAAAUAAUUGCAUUUGUCUCCCAGAACCAAGUUUCUUGUGUUUAAAGGAACACAAUACUAAAUCUAUGAAACUGCUGUUGACACUAAUGACUUCAGAAUUUGCAAUUUGAUUUCAUGUAGCUUUGUAUUGUCAGGCCCCCUAUUUGACCAACUGAAAAUAGCAAACCGUUUUGAGAAAAUCUAGGUGUAAAAUUUGAAUUGAGAAUUGGAAAGCACAGGAUUUUUUAAAACACUAACAAUGCAGUUUUCACUUUGUUGCAUUGGUGAUCUGGUUUAUGGAUAAUAUCUGUUAGGUUCUUGGAUUACACUGGAUUAUCUGGUAGGACUAGCUCAGCAGUGGCUGCUGAAGAGUACUUGCUGUUCCUGACUUUGAUUAAAUGAUUUGGACAGAUUCUGAGAGUGCAUUGUAAACUAAAUCUGUUGAUCACAACUUGUGUUUUAAUAUGAAAUUUGCAAAACCCUUUGGCGCAUCUAAUUUGAAAUGAUUCUGUGCUUGUAGUGUUCCUACCCAGUAACAAUGGCUUUCAGUAGUAGCAACAAACUUUCACUAAAUGAAGGGUGUGUUUUCCUUUGUUAUACCGCCAAAAUCAAACAUGCAAACCCAGCUUUUGUGUUUCAUACUGAAUUUGUUAGCUUGAAAGUACUGCUGGCUUUCAAAAAUAAGAAGGUGCCUGUUGAACCCUGAGAAGGUACAAUAGGGAUUGCUAGUAAAUUAGGAUUAAGUACUUGGGUCAGAUCAAUAUAGUAACGCAUUUGUCACCGAAGACUUUGCAGCACCAUCACAAUGCAACUUAAAAUUUGUUCAACUUAGACAAAGGGGUCAGAAAAUCUCAAUUAAGGAUAUUUGAUAAUGCAGCAGAUUCUGCUACGGUUAGCACUCUAUGUUGUAAAAGGAAGAAAAUAGUUUUUUAUUUUGUUAAAGCAAAGCAUGAUUUAAAAUAGUUUUCUUCAUAACUUAAAAACAUAAGGUUGUUUUCUGCAAGCAUUAACACAAUAGGUGUGUCUCACUCCAGAUUGCUUAUGGUAAUACUCUUCUUACUGGACCUUUUGUGACUUGGCCUGCUUCCAUCUUUUUGAAGACUAAUAAGGAUGGGCUAAGUGUAGGUAACCUAGUCCCCUGAGCUCCCUUUCUUAUAUGAACAUAAAUGAACGUGUGCAUUCAUGCACUAAUUUGGGAGGAAUAACUCUCUUCCUACACGUGUGCACUGCCAUGGGAAUAUUGAUACUUUGUCUUGAAACAGUACUAAAUGACUCUUUAUUUUUUACAGAAACAUCUGACCAUACAAGGGAAGUAUGUUACCAUGCACUACAGCAAUCCACGACCAAAGGCCUAUGAGGAUUGGCUUUGUGGCAAGUGCGGCAUAUAUAACUUCAAGAGGAGAGAAAAGUGUUUCAAAUGUGGGGCAUCAAAAUCUGAGUCUGAACAGGAUCAGCACCCUGCAUCAGUUGAUGUUCAGCAGUCACUUGAUUACUACAGCGACACUGUCAUUUUGAGAAACAUUAGUUCCCACACCUCGGUUGAGUCCAUCUUAAGUGCCCUUUCGCCAUAUGCUGCAUUGUCUCUCUCCAACAUUCGGCUGAUUAAGGACAAACAAACACAACUGAACAGGGGGUUUGCUUUUGUACAGCUUGCUUCUAUUGUGGAGGCGUCUCAGCUGCUUCAGAUACUGCAGUCCUUGCAGCCACCUCUGAGCAUUGAUGGCAAAACUAUUGGUGUUGAUUUUGCAAAGAGUGCAAGGAAGGAUCUCUUCCUUGGCGAUGGAAAUCGGGUCAAUGCCAUGACUGUUGCAAGUACCGCCAUUGCUGCAGCUCAGUGGUCAUCAAGCCAGGCUCAACAGGGUUCAGAUCCAAUGGACUACAAUUAUCCCCCACCAUCUGGAGUGGAUAGCUAUGGCCAGCCCUAUGCACAGUACUCGCAGGAAUACCAGUACUUUCAACAAGACUCUGUGGACCCCAGUCAACCACCACCUGUCACAUACCAGGCAGCAGCUACUCUCACAGGUCCUGCUGCGAGUACUUCUGCGAGCACUCCUGUUUCACCGGUUCAGGUAUAUUCUAGAGGUGCACAAAGCUAUCAGCAGAGUGCUCAGCAGGUAGAUGAUGGGCAGCCAUCAACAUCUGGUCAACAAGCUACAGAUUCAAGUGCUGCUUCUUCAGACUCUAAAUUGUCUGCACCUGAUGUUUCUAAUUACCAGUACGAUGAUGCAUCUGGAUUUUACUAUGAUCAGCAGACUGGGCUUUACUAUGAUCCUGCCUCCCAGUACUACUACAAUACACAAACUCAACAGUAUUUAUAUUGGGAUGGAGUAAAGCAGAAGUACCUGCCUGCAUCAGAAUAUACUGCACAGCAAAAUGCGGCUGGCAGUGCAGCUAAUAAAGAUAGUAAAGAGAAAAAAGAGAAACCAAAGAGCAAAACAGCCCAGCAGAUUGCCAAAGAUAUGGAGCGAUGGGCUAAGAGUUUGAACAAACAGAAAGAAAACUUCAAAACCAGCUUCCAACCCAUUGGAGGGCUUAAAGAGGAUGAGCGGAAGGAGUCUGCAGCAGCAGAUGCUGGCUUUGCAUUGUUUGAGAAAAAGCAGGGCAUUUCAACAGAGCGAUCACCAACUGUUGAAGUCUUAAGGAGGUCUUCAGCACCAGAUGAGGACGACUAUAUGCUUAAGAGAAAAACAAGCCCACAACAAGGUCUUGUGGCGGCUUACAGUGGAGAAAGUGAUACUGAAGAAGAACAGGAAAAAGCAGAGGAUGGAGAGGAGAAGCUGACAGAUUGGAAGAAAAUGGCCUGCCUUUUGUGUAGAAGACAAUUUCCUAGUAAAGAAACACUCAUCAGACAUCAGCAACUCUCUGAACUGCACAAGCAAAAUCUGGAAAUUCACAGAAGAGCAAAAAUGACAGAUACAGAACUCGAAGCUCUAGAGAAGACAGAACGAGAGAUGAAAUACAGAGACCGAGCAGCAGAGAGGAGAGAAAAAUAUGGAAUCCCAGAACCUCCAGAGCCCAAGAGGAAAAAGUUCUUUGCACCACAAGUUGUUGAUUUUGAGCAGCCAACUAAAGAUGGCAUUGGUAGCGAUAAUAUUGGAAGCCGAAUGUUACAAGCCAUGGGUUGGAAAGAAGGUUCAGGACUUGGUAGAAACCAACAAGGCAUAACUGCUCCAAUUGAGGCACAAUUAAGAAUGAAAGGAGCUGGACUUGGAACACGCGGGAGCUCUUACGGUGUCAACACGGCAGAUACCUAUAAAGAUGCUGUUCGAAAAGCCAUGUUUGCCAGAUUCUCAGAAAUGGAAUAAUGUUCCUUGUGUUGUAAAUAUUGUAAAUAAUGUUGCUUUGAUUUGUUUUGUUGUGCCAAUGUUUGUGCAUCAAUUUUUUUUCACUUUUCCUGCUUUGGUUAAAUUUGUAAGUUUAACAAUAACAACCACAUUUUAACUCUCUUUUAAAUUAUGACCUUGUAAAACUGGAGGGUUACAGUGGUGUGUGAUACAAGCAAAAGAUUUGUGUGAAAUUUGCUAUAAAACUAGCAACAUGUACAUUCUGUAUUAUAGUCAACACCCUUUUUUGUACAGAUUCUGGGAAGGAGUUGCAAACCGGAUUAUUUCAAAGCAUUGUUCUUUUCUUCUUUCCUUUAUUCCCUCAAUAAACAAACUCCUUGGUGCUAAUAAA